AGUGUCUCACCAUCGAUCUCCUCACGGCAUUCAGCACUUAUACGUUGUCAUAUUGCCAACACAUAUUCAACAUAGCUGCCUACUCACUCUGAUCGGCAUUUACAGUGCCUAGCGCCUCCAAGGGAGACCCAGUCAUCAUCGGUAUUCCACUUAUAUUCACGCAUGAACUUUCAAUCACGUAAAAUCAUUGCUUCCACUCGACUCGAUAAACCAUGGUCAAGGCAAACUUUCAACAUCUGCCACAAGAACUUUUCGAUACAAUCGCAAAAGAUUUGUCGAUCAGCAGUAUCUACAGUCUGCGGCUACUCAGCCGCGACAUCUCGACCAAGGCUACAAAGUGUGAAAUAUUUCAUUCAUGCUUUCAAAAUUUUCGCCUAGAAUUGAGUAGGCGCAGAUUGACAAGUCUCGCCCUGCUCACUCAAGACGUUGGCCUAGCUCAGCGUGUACGAAAUUUGACCAUCGUUGGGCGUGCAUACCGUACAGCAAGGCCGGGAGGACUACAUGGAGACCAUUCGACUUUGACUGGGCUUGAGAAGCAACAGGCAGACGACACGCUUGUUCAGCGACAGGGUCUCGACAGUUCCUUGUUGACCACAAUUUUCUCCAACCUGGUUUUGUCCAAUUCACGCGAUCUAGACACGAUCUCGAUGGUGAUUGUGGUGUACAUGGAUGAUUCGAACCCCCCAGUCGUGCCGCGUGAUGCUGUCGGGAUCUCGCCUUCAAUCAUCUCACAGGCGUGCUUGGAUACCUUUUCGUCGGUAGUACUAGCUCUGCAAGAGACGAGUCUUUCUUUUCGAGCUCUAGAUCUAUUCAAGUCCGGUCCUGCAGGUUUCGAAUGUGGCGUUCCGAGUAUAGCCCUGAGUCCAUCGACAUGGAAAGCUUCCCUGACCACGCACACGUUCAGCACUCUACGCUCUCUCGCGAUAAGUGUCGCAGAGAUGCCUCUACCUCCACACUCAUCCGAGGCAAGGCGAUUCGACGUGUUAGGCACGGACAUCAUCAAAAAUUCCGUAGAUCUCACACGCUUGAUCGCGUUGUUAAGGGCCUGUUCUAACCUAGAGGAAGCGUACAUCACGCCCUACCGGCAACAUGAUAGCUCGAAUACGCCAAUUAAAGAACAAAGCGUAAGGCUGUCGCAUCGCGCAGAACAAAUGGAAUGUCUCCUGUCUGUGAAGAUACCUCGACUAAGAAAGCUUCAUCUCGCCGGGUUUGUGUUGAGCCCAAAAGAUUUGCGCACUUUCCUGAAGAAUCACGCCAGUACGCUUCGCAGUAUCGAGCUCUCGCAUCUCGUAUUCGAAGGUAUAGGCCAUCUUCUGCGGUUAUUGCCUCUGCUGGUGGGCGAAUCCUUUCAUCUCGAGCACAUCCGACUACACAAUUUGUAUCAAGACAACCUCUUCGCAUUCACAAAUGAAGCAGAUCCAGACUUCUCGGAAACUUUUGAUAACGGACGGGGCAUCAUAAUUCACGCGGGGGCCGAUGGUACAGUGCAAUUCGCUCCAUACAUAUAUACCCCCAGAAUAAGACGCGGCAACCUAGCAGACCACGAAUAUCGCCUGCGACUGAAGCAGGAGUUCGGAGUCGUACUCCGAGAGUGACCACACACCGUCCAGUGUAUCAUAGUGACCCUCUUUGGCACUCAUUUUCUGAGGGCUUAUAUUAUGGGAACAGGCUUAUUAGACGGACACAUGCCAGCCUCAUUAGUGGUAGUGAAAUUUCGAGAUACGCCCAAUUUUCAACGCCAGUAGC